AUGGGCUCCGAAGGGCAGCAGGACAUUGAGAUGUCCAUCCUAACUGCUCUCCUCAAAGGUACCAAUGCAUCUGCUCCAGACCAGCUCAGCCUGGCUUUGGCCUGGAAUCGUGUAGACAUUGCACGCAGCCAAAUCUUUGUCUUUGGACACCACUGGCCAAUACAGCCUUUAGGAAGUCUUACAGCUCCUGAUGGUACAGCUCCUGAGAAGGAAAAGAAAUCUCCAGCACCUCAGACUAAAGGAGGCAGAGGGAAAGGAAAAGGAAAGAAAAAGGGAGGAAAAGCAAAAGAAGAACCAGAAGAAGAAACAGACCCAAGAAAACUUGAACUCCUGAACUGGGUGAACUCCCUGGAGCAGGCUAUGCUGGAUGCACUGGUCCUGGAUCGAGUGGACUUUGUGAAACUGCUUAUUGAGAAUGGAGUGAACAUGCAGCACUUCCUGACUAUUCCUCGCCUGGAGGAACUUUAUAAUACUAGACUGGGUCCGCCAAAUACGCUGCAUUUGCUAGUCAGAGAUGUGAAAAAGGGAAAUCUUCCACCAGACUAUCAUAUCAGUCUAAUAGAUAUUGGUCUUGUCUUGGAAUAUCUCAUGGGUGGAGCCUAUCGUUGCAACUAUACUCGGAAAAGUUUUCGGACUCUUUAUAAUAAUUUAUUUGGACCAAAGAGGGUAAGAAUGAAUGAAUCCUACAUGUGGCCAUUGUGGUAG